GGCGAGCUUCUGUCCGAUGCAGUCAGUUCAUUCAGCUUCUGGGUGGUGGGUGCAGCGCUGAAUGGGGAGAGAGAAUGCGUGUGAGUGAUGACCAUUCGUCGAUGUGACGGGAGAUAACAUGUGUUUGUUCAGCAGAGAAAGUAGUUAAGUGUACAAAAACAGUCGGUGGAUCGCUGUGCCGUCCGCCAUUCCAUCCGUCCGUCCAUUCCACUCCAUUCACAGACCACUUACUCCACUCCACACACCUCACUCUCACUCACCCACAGCAUAAAUCUCUCUCCCACUGUCCACAUUAUCCAUCCAUCCAUGACCUGCAGCUGCCGGUUUCCUUCCUCCCUCUCCUCGUCAGUCAGUCAGUUGCCGUUUUUCUUCUGAAUCCACGACGCCACGUGGAAGCCCCACGCGAGCGGCCCGAACCAGCCACCCACAAGGGCUGGGGGUGCGCCGGGCCCCCAUUGCAGGCUGUAGACGAAGAUGGCGAAGGCCACGAUGGAGAGGGCGCCGAACACCGACGAGGAGAUGUUCUGUCCGAUGCCCAGCACCUCAGGGGACGGGAUGGUGCCACGGGUGUAUGGGAAGCCAUCACCCUGAACGACACCCACCACGACACACAAGCAAGGGUUCGGAUGUGUUGCUUUGUGUGUGCUGUUCUUGGCCUCGCAUCGCUCACCAUGUCGAUGGCGGCGUUGCGUGGCCUGUCGAUGCCCGUCAUAUCGUCGUACGCCUUAGACUUCUGCACGUCCUUACUCGCUUGCAAAACUGGAGGAACAAGCACAGCACGAGAGUCAGUCAGUCCAUCGUUCACCGGCUUCUUGUUGCAUCCAUCGUCCCACGCAGCUCACCAUUUCGCGAAGGCCUCAUGGUCGCGCUUCGUUCCAAAGGCGUGGGCACGACGAAGGCAGUCGCCAGCUCGGCCAGCAGCAAGCACGCCAGAGUCGCAGUGACCGCCUGUUU